AUUGGUGAAGUUUAAAGAUGGGUUAGAAGAUAUGGUUUUGAGCGCGGAGGAGUCGUGGGAGCAGUUCCCGUCGUGGCAUUUUUGCUGUGUAAUAUGGAUAGAGUAAAUAUGAGCAUUGCCAUACUGCCCAUGUCGGCAGAGUUCAGUUGGAGUGCAACUACUGUUGGCUUGAUACAGUCAUCUUUCUUCUGGGGUUACCUUCUUACUCAGGCUGACACAGUGGGUGGGAAGUCAGUCCUGGCAUUUGGCGUAGUUUGGUGGUCUAUUGCUACUGUUCUUACUCCUGUUGCUGCCAAAAUUGGGUUGCCAUUCCUACUUGUUCGUGCUUUCAUGGGAAUUGGUGAGGUUGUUGCCAUGAUUAAUAUUCUGUCGAAAUGGGUUCCUGUAGCCGAGGGAAGCAGAUCACUAGCUCUAGUAUACAGUGGGAUGUAUCUUGGCUCAGUUACUGGUCUGGCCUUUUCACCUUUCUUAAUACAGAAGUUUGGAUGGCUCUCAGUCUUUUUCUCCUUUGGUUCUCUAGGAACAGUCUGGUUUACUGUAUAGCUGGACAAGGUAACCAUUAUUCAACCAUGCUAAUCUUUAAUAUACAUGUUAGUAUGUUACUUUUGCAGAAUUUUGACUUUGCUGAAAUUGUAAUAGAAGUUCACAUUGUGCACAUAAUAUGUUUGAUUGAAGGCAAAUGCUGUAGUUGUAGCCUACUUCAGUUGUUUUUUACUAUACUGAGACCUUCUGACACAAGUGUUUAUUCUGUUAUUAUAUUUUCUCUUCUUUGUUUAGGCACAUAGUACACCUUUGGAAGAUCCUGAACUGAGGCCUCAAGAGAAGAAGCUUAUUGUUACAAAUGUGUUUCCAAGGAACCUGUUAAAACAAUCCCCUGGAGUUUGAUCCUGUCAAAACCACCUGUCUGGGCCCUGGUUGUGUGUCUCACUUCUGUCACAAUUGGGAGACAUUUAUUCUUCUAACUUGGAUGCCAACAUACCAUCAUCAAAUAAGACAUUGUGUUCUUU